AUGGGUCCAGAAUUCUCCCGCCCAGCUGAUAUGCUGAUAGGAGUGCUUCUCAGCGUCUGUAUGGUGCUAGGAAUACUCGGCAACAUGGUCUCUCUAUACUACUUCACCACCACCCCUACUAAGAACAAGAACGCCACCUUCUUCAAGCACGUCUACGCUGUUAUCAGCUUUUUCAACCUCCUUCUCUGCAUCUCUCUGUUUCCGGUUAUCGACUCUGCUUUUGCUAACGGACGGAUAAGCGCAGUACUGACUUCAAGCAGUGCCUUCUGUGGUAUCUGGACGGUAGUUUACGCAGUCCUUCUGGACAUGUCCGUCUUCAUGGUAGCUAUGAUCAGCGUCUCACGGAUCGUCCUCCUGAUCGCCCCAACUACAAAUUUUAACGUUAAAUUAAGCUGGCUGAUCCCUCUCUUCUACAGCAUCCUCACCCUCACCCUCAAAGUCAUCUACAAUAUCCUGAAAGUCAGCACAAACUCCUUCAUCCCUCCCCUAAUGGCGUGUGUCUUCAUAGCUUCUGAUGGGACAGUGAGUGAAGGAGGGGAGCCUACAGUCCAUCUCCCCAACGAACUAAUACUGACGAUAACAGACACAAUACAAACUGGGUUCACUGUUCUGCCCAUAUCUCUCUGUUCAGCUCUCAGUCUGUGGCUGUUGAGGAGGAGCAAGAAGAUGACCAAACAGAUUGGGGGUUGCAAGAAAGCACAGGACGAGGCUUCCAAAACUGUCAUCAUCUUCACAGUCAUGUACGUGGUUUGCAACAUUCCUAUCUUCAUAUACCAUAUCUACUUCUGGGUGUGGAACCUGUCUAUAGAUCGGAGCAGUGUCUAUGUGACUCAGUCUCAGUUCAUGAUAUCCUACCUGGAGAUGUACUCCACGGUGUUUAUGAACAGCUACAGUUCAGUGUUGGUCAGCCGAGUCUUCCCGGCCAUCAACAGCACAUUAAACCCUCUUAUCUACUAUUGGAGGAUGAAGAAGUUUAGAGGUUUUUUAAAGAAAACAAUGAGUAAAGCUGUCGGGAAUGCGAAUAGUGCAGCAGGUGUGACUCAAAGUGAGAACCUGGAACUCUAAGUGAGAACUCUAAUUGAAAGUGCUGCGUCCAAUGUUGGAUU